AUGACUUCUUCGCGAUCACAGCUCGGUCUAGACCUGACUGAUGAUGGAGAGUUAAAAUUCAACAGCCCAUCGAACAAUCCAUACGUGGAUUCUUUCAGCGAAGAGCUGGGCACAUAUGUUAGAGAUACUAGCAGUCUCUUGUGUAAUAAUGAAUCAGAGGCUUACUAUGACCAAGAAAUUUCUUUGAGCCAGCUCUCGGAGAUGUGCGAUGAAUUUUGGAUUGGUGGUCUAAGUGCUACGAAUGUAGCCACUUCCACUAGCAAUGGUUUAUCGGUGGAUAUGCGCGACAAGGGCAACUUAGACAGUUCGAGCCAUCUAGAGAUCAAUGAUAUUCCUUCGUUUAGUGACGAUCUUAAAGACCAAAAACAUCUCGCUACGCCUGAAAGUGUGGUACUCCGGUCUGGUUUUGAAGCGAUGUACCCCGCGUCGGGCGAUCCCGCCGGUAGGGCGUUGGAUACCAUCCACUCUUCCGAAAGGCCUUUUGCUUGCAAGCAUUGUCCCGAGACUUUUAAAAGGAGAGACGCACUCAAACGCCACGAAAGGUACCUACCAACUCAAUUUUUGUGA